AUGCUGUGGUAUUUCUCUCCUGGCUGGGUCGUUUGUAAUGGUGUGUGUGUGUGGAGCCGUAGGCUGGAUGUGGGGGCAGACACAGAGCGAACAGCUACCGUUGGCAGGGCGGAGGGCUGACUCAGACAAUCACUGAGAACAGAUCAUCUACUGGUGCCAACCAGCACUGUGUCCCCAUGAUGUUACUCAUAGAGUUCAAGCUCCUCAUACAGAACAUGCAGCAGAAUGUGAGUCACUACCACUCAGAAAACCUUGUUUUUAAGCGUGUAAAGUGUGUUAAGACGGACUACAACAAGACAGUCUAUGGUUAAAACCCAUAAACCUCUCUCUGCGGGCUGUUCAUAAACAACAACCUUUUGUCCUAAAGGUUGGAGCUUUGGAGGUUUACCAACCUGCUACUUCACUGUGAGGGGACCAUGCCGGCGCAUUCGCACUCUGCUUUCCUCUAUACUUCAUACAACAUUAAUUAGUUUCUCUCCAGUCGGACCCCCUCCCCACCCCCCUUCUCUGUUCCCUCUCACUUCCUUGCACUAAUCCUCUUGUUGUGGUCAGAGGGGCCCCAGCCACGGCCCGGCCGGCCCACCAUUCUGGGGGCGAGCUGGGGGUGAAAGGUGCCGUGCCGGGCCCCCCUCGCGGCUCAUUAUGGAUGCCACCUCCUCCUUCUCCUAGUCCUCCUCUUCUUCCACAACUCACUGUUGGGUUCCGUACAGUGGACCCCUCUCCUGUACCUCCGGUUCUCCCCCAGGCCCCCGCCGAGGUGCAGCGUCUCCCCAGCGAGGGGAGCUGUGGUUCAGGCCAAGGUCAGACGGUGUCCGGGCUACAGGGGGACCUGGGCGUUGGAGGCCAGCGACCAGGAGAGAGGAGGAGAAAUGAGACCCGCCAGGAGGGAAGCGAUCCACGUGCUGUGGCUGGUGGUCUGUCUGCUUGAGACGGCGCCGGGGGUCGAAGGUGAAGAGCGUGGCUAUCUGCAGGAGGCUCUGGGCACCUUGGGUCUGUCGGACCCCGGGGGAGGACCUCCUCAGCUCCAGAAGGCCCAGCUCGGCGUGCUCUCCGGCAGGGCGCUACGGGCCGUGCACUGCGGGGAGCUGAUGGGUGGCGCCCAGGACGGCUGCGACCAGUGCCUGAGGCCUGCCGUGGUCCUCUCCGCCCUGGAGGACGACGGGGAGGUGUACAUCGGGGAGGAGAACUACGCCCGCGUCGCCACGGUGACACUCUAUUACAUCAUCCACAUGGCCGACCUGUGCGUCUCCAACGCCGCGUCCUCCUCGUCCUCACUCUCCGCCGCACCUCCCCCAGACUUCUCCUUCUACGUCCUGGCCCUCGCCAACCUCAGCCCUGAUCAGGAGGACCCGCACCUCCUGUCCACCGCGGAGGUCCGCAGCAUCCUCCAGGUCAUCAACCAGCACUACCAACCAGCUUCUCCUCACACACAGUGUGUCGACGCCGGUCACCUGAUGGAAGAGGCUGGAGGAAAGGAGGAGGUCUUGGGUCUCGCUUCCUCUUCCUCGGUGUCCCGGCUGGCGGCCGCCAUCUUGACCCACCUCCUGCUGGGCGACUGUUUCAGCCGGACAGACCUCCCGCCGCCUGCCUUCUUCACCGACUACAUCUUCCAGGCUCUCAACUGCACCACGGACCUCCACCUUGUGGAAUUGGAGGACCUGCUUCACCAACUAGGAGUGGGAGGAGGAGGAGCUAACCACACCAAUGCUAGAAAGAGUCGGGGCCUAACAGGCUCCUCCCAGGAAAAGGCGGGGCCUCACCAGGAAGAAUUCAGCCAUCAGACUAUAACCGCUGCAGACUGGACAGCGUCAUGCUUUUCGGCCUAUCAGCUGGUGGAUAUUUUUGCCAUGGAUUCUCGUUCGCCGAUCUCAAAAGACAGCUUCAGCCAUAUAUGUCCGGCCAUCAUCCAGCAGUUGCUAGGAAACGCCUGUCAGUCUUCAGAGCAGGCGUCCAGAGCAGCUCCGCCCACUGCCAUGGAGAAGUAUGGCUACAGUACCGCGGCCGUUCUGCUCAUCACGCUGGGCUCCAUGUUUGGUAUCUGCCUGAUCUCCUUCAGCUCCUGCCAGCAGACCUACCAGCUACUGCUGCAGCUGUUUGUAGGCCUAGCUGUGGGCACGCUGUCUGGGGACGCCCUGCUGCACCUCAUCCCCCAGGUCCUUGGAGUGCAUGGUGGUCACGGUCAUGGAGCUGAGGAGGGGAAGGAGUACCUCUGGAAAGUUCUGGGGGUCAUCGCUGGAAUCUAUGGUUUCUUCCUGCUGGAGAAACUCUUCUCCGUCCUGGUUCCAUCUCACGGACAUGGCCAUUCACACGACAGGCCUCUGGAGCUGAACUGCAACGAGCAAUCAGAGAGGGACAAGUCCAUCUCCACCAUGCAGCUGGGAACUGUAGAAGAAAGUACAGACACCACCGAACAAACAGAGCCAAGCAGGCCGCCUCCUCAAAGGCGCCCGGUGCCGCUGCUUGCCGUCAUGGUCGUCGUGGGCGACAGCCUUCAUAACUUUGCAGAUGGUCUGGUCGUCGGCGCCGCCUUCUCCUCCUCCGCCGAGAGCGGCAUGGCAACCACUGUGGCCAUCCUCUGCCAUGAAAUCCCCCACGAGAUGGGAGACUUUGCGGUGCUGCUGAACGCCGGGCUGUCGGUGAAGACGGCGGUGCUGAUGAACUUCCUGAGCGCCCUCACUGCCUUCCUGGGCCUCUACAUCGGCCUGUUCGUCUCCACGGAGACCACGGUGCAGCAUUGGAUCUUCAGCGUCACCGCCGGCAUCUUCCUCUACCUCUCGCUGGUGGAGAUGGUGAGCAGCAGCCGCCAUUUUGGAUCUGCAUUAACAAAGAUGAAAAAAAGGGCAACACGCUGUGCUCAGUGGUUUUUAAGAGGAGCGGUGAUCGACAUUUUAUUUAGAGGGACUUUCAAGUUGGCGGAUAAAGCAGACCAGAACAAUCUGAGAUGUUUGCCACACGAGGAGCCAGAGCUUCCAGUAACCUCCCUGUUUGGGUCCUAA